AAUUACCAAAAUGCCCCUUGUUAAAUAAACCCUAGUUUUUCCCCUUUUCUCAAUCUUGUGCCCCCAUUUUUAUCAGUUCGUAUGUGUGGAUUCCCUCAUCUUCUUCAUCGAUCGAAUUCAUCAACAAGUCAGUUCAAUCCAAUGGUCUUCGGACGAAUCGUUUCUCGUUUUCCCGGAAAACCUCAGAGGUUAUGCCUGUCCAAGUUGCCGAAUUCACUCGCCCAAACUGGACAAAAACGUCAUCUGUUUUCAGGAAUUUUCGGAAACUUGGGAUCAAAACUAGGUUUUGCACAAGAAAACCCUCUUCUCGCUUCAUCAAAAUUUGCAAAAUCUAUACAUUCGGUGGGCCCGAAGGAGUUUGAGAGAGGCGUUGAUAACAGGCCUGUUGAUACCGAAAAGGAUUCUGGAUAUUUCAGAGGUUCAAAUCAAAGAGUGGAUGAAAUAGAUAGACGACGACUACCCUUUGAACCAGCGCGAAAUAUUGGAAUGUACGAGUCUUUGACUAGAAGGUUUGCUGACUUCGAUAGGCUCCGAGGCCCAAAUGAAACGGGCCGUGAUGUUAGACCUUUAGGGCGAGGUUUUGGCCCAUCUGAAUCCAGUAGGAACAUGAACAUGAAUGGUAUUGGUGGAAUAAUGAGAGAGAAUGAAAAUUACCGAUCGGGGGUAGAGCAAAACGCGGAUAUAGUUCACGUUAAAAUAAUGCGCAACAACACGUUUGUGACGGUGACUGAUUCCAAAGGGAACAAGAAAUUGGGUGCGUCUGCUGGUGCGUUGGCUGAAAUGAAAGGAGGACCGAAAGUUUCUAAGUAUUCUGCUGAAGCAACUGCUGAACAUAUAGGACGGGAAGCUAAACGUAUGGGAUUAAAGUCGGUUGUGUUGAAGGUUAACGGGUUCACUUUUUUUAAGAAAAAGAAGCUGGCGAUUUUGAGUUUUAGAGAUGGGUACACAAACUCGAGAUCUGGUGAACGAAACCCUAUUGUGUACCUUGAAGACACGACACGUAAGCCGCAUAAUGGAUGCAGACGCAAGAAACAACGUCGGGUGUAGAACGUUUGUUAUUUUGAUGGUGUUUUAGCAACGGCAUAAAUGAAGGUGAAAUAUUCACAUCGGAUGUUUAAGAUGUUAGUAUUGGAUUUUUGCAGAAGUAUGAAUUUGCUGUUUCUUAUGGUUGAAUUGAACAACUGUUGCAGAAUGUUACUUAUUUACAGCUCCUUUUGACUCAUUUGAUCUAUUUUCGUUCUAGUUAA